AUUUCCUCGGUUUGGUCUGCAGCAGCACACACGGUGCCCUGAGACACAGUGGCGGAGGAGCUGCGGCUGGAUGUCAGAGGACCACAGGGGAAAUACUGCAAUAAUCCAUAAAUGUGAUGAAAAUAUAGGACUUUAAAAAAAUAAUCUCCGGGAUAAUCUGACGCACAGAAGGAGAAACCUUCAACUUUUUUUUUCCUUUUUGGAAUUUGGAAUUAUUAUCUAAUUUUUGUUUUUAUCCAUAAGGUGUACAAGGUCAAAAUGUUGCCACACUGCUCCCUCCUGCUGCUGCUAUGCGUGGCUCGGCUGCUCUCCACCUCCUCGGCCCUGCCAUUCGAGCAGAGAGGCUUCUGGGAUUUCGCCAUGGACAGCAUGGACAGCGGCGGACUGAUGACGAUGAUGAGGGAUGAGGAAGAAGGCUCGGCCGUAGACGAGAUCCCCUCGCCCGACAUUCCCAUGUGCCCCUUCGGCUGCCACUGUCGGCUCAGGGUCGUCCAGUGUUCCGACCUCGGUCUGACCGAGGUGCCAACGAAUAUUCCUUCGGACACCAAGUUCCUGGACCUGCAGAACAACCGUAUCACCGAGCUCAAAGAGAAUGACUUCAAAGGCCUCACUAACUUAUAUGGUCUGUCUCUGAGGAAUAACCAUAUUUCCAAAGUCCACCCCAGAGCAUUUGUGCCUCUGAAGCACAUGCAGAAGCUCUACUUCUCCAAGAAUCUGCUGACCACCGUCCCUAAGAACUUGCCCGCCUCCCUGGUUGAGAUCAGGAUCCACGAGAACCGCAUCAAGAAGGUUUCAGCUGGAGCCUUCGCAGGACUGAGCAACAUGAACUGCAUAGAAAUGGGAGCAAACCCCCUCCAUAACAGCGGUUUUGAGCCUGGAGCCUUCAAGGGACUGAAACUGAAUUAUCUGCGUAUAUCAGAGUCCAGACUGACCGGGGUGCCAAAAGAUCUCCCAGAGAGUCUUCAUGAGCUUCAUCUGGACCACAACGAGAUCCAAGCUGUGGAACUGGAGGACCUGAGCCGCUACAAAAACCUCUACAGGUUGGGCCUUGGCUCUAACCACAUCCGUAACAUCGAGAACGGCAGUCUGGCCUUCCUCCCCAGGCUGAGAGAGCUGCAUCUGGACAACAACCGCCUCAGUCGCGUUCCCCAAGGCCUCCCAGAGAUGAAAUACCUGCAGGUGGUGUACCUCCAUUCCAACCACAUCGACCAGGUGGGCGUGAACGACUUCUGCCCUCGAGGAUUUGGGAUGAAGAGGACGUUCUAUAACGGCAUCAGCUUGUUCGGUAACCCCGUCAAAUACUGGGAGGUGCAGCCUGCUACGUUCCGCUGCGUCAGCGAUCGGCUGGCCAUUCAGUUUGGCAACUACAAAAAGUAAAGACAGAGAGGUGGAGAAAGUGAGGGGAAGGUGAUGGCGGAGGAGCAGAUAAUUUAAAUAAUGAAACAAACUUGAGAGAUGGAGGGAAGGGAGAUGAUUAUCUUUAUUGUUAUUGUUUUUGGAGAGAGGAUUAGUGAUGGGCAAUAAACUGAUGAAAUAGAGAGAGCAGUGAAAAACAAUCACAUAACUUGAAGGGAGUGGAAAGCAAAGCGCUCGCAGUACUUCACCUGAGUUUUCGCAUUUUUUUGGAUUUAAAGUUUUUAAAGUUUUGCCAUUUGAAAUUGAUGAAACGGAGGAGAAUGUCUGAGAAGCCUAGCCGAAAUCGAUGGAAAAUGAAAACUUGUGAAGCAUUUCAUUCCAUAUUUUGUACACAAUAGUGCUUAUUGUGAUAGAAGUCUUUUUUAUUAACAAUUUGGUUAAGAAGUAAAAAAAAUAAAUAGAGAAGCAAUGCAUUAUAGAUUUUUUUUAUAUAUAUAUACAUAAAAAGGUGCUCUGUAUGACUUUCUGUGUGUGCUGAUUUGGGAGAUACAUCACAUUGUCCCUGUUUCACUGGUCUGAAGCCGUUUGGCCCUCAACUCUGUGGUUAAAUUAUAUUAUAUAUUAUAAGUUACAGAUUUGGGGCUAUUUUUCCAUCAUUUACAGACUCAAAAACACCUGCACAAAAUGUAGAAACUAUUAUUCAACGUUACCAGUUUAAAAAACAUUUUUGUAAAUAUCAUGGAAGUUGAUUAAAAGGGCAAUAAGUACAUUUUAAAAUCCCCCUCAUCAGUGCUAAACAGCUUUUCUUAUUGAUUCGAGGUCACUGAACCACCAGUCUAUUCUGUGCCUUUGCUAAAUAUUAUGCUGUCUGUAUGAUACUUUAAUAUUCCUUGAGGGGACACUAGUGGUAGUCGGGGUUUUGCCCCAGGAAACACACAUCCGCUUUGCUUUGCUUUAAACAAUGAAGGCAGUGUGUUCACAUAGUGCUACAAACAAUAGUAGUGUUGAUGCAUUGUUUUGCACAGUUUUUUUUUUCUGUUAUGCUUUAUCUGCUUCAGGGUUAUUGGAGGGUUAGCCUGUUUACAUUGGUAGACCUAUAUGUGGAGCUACUCUUAGCUGUUAGUAUUCUGUCCUGUCUCUGCUCUGUAAUCUGACAAGCUACUGCUGCAUGUGAAUAAAGACGGUUUUAGCCUGCUGCAUAAAGCCAGAGAACAACUGAUGCCCCUGGGUUGGAUGCUGUGUGAGAAAUAAAGAAGAAAUAUCGAGAGUGGAAAACAUUUUAUGAAUGAAUCCACAAGUCUAAGCAGAGACAUUUUGGGUCCAGACAUCUAACAUGGUCACAUUACAUGCAUUAUAUGACAACAACUGACUCUGGACAUUCAUGGGAUGAAUCCAAAAUGUAUAAGAGACAGUUCGUGAUAUUUUGAUACUGUGGACAAUUAAAUACAAAUUUACUAUCGGCCUGAAGUCAUGAAUUUGUCUUCAAUUUGAAUCCAUAUCUAAAUUUCAAUAUGAGCAUUUCAUCCGAUAUCUUCAAAUGGAAAAUAAAGUCAAAAUAGUCAUUUUGUCAUUCAGGGUCAAUAUGAUAUGACAUCAUACUUAAGCUGUCUUCAACUGUGACAAGAGUCUUUUUUUCAUUGAUGAAAAGAAUGAAAAUGUAGCCUACUAUGUCUUUAAUUCGAUUUUUUAUGUGUGUGUGCGUGUGUGUCAGAAUAUUUAGCCACAAUGAACGUCUUGAUUGGUCGUA